GCCCACCAUGCCAUAUUCCAAGCCCAAGGCUGCUUAGGGUUUCCUUUUUCACCUUCUUCAAAUGCCACAAUAAUCAUUAAAGCUGCGUCGAAGCCAUCAUUUCUCUUUGCCUCUCCUCGAUUAUCCUCUCUUGUGUUCUUAAUUGGAUCGUGAGGUAAUUCUUCUAAGAAAUCCCCCCAUAUCAGAAUGUGGACCCUUGGAUGCAAGUCUAUGACAUUUUCGAGACCUUUUUUUGCGCUCAACAACUUUAGUUCUGACAAGUAUAGAAAUAAUCCUGUUUUUGUUUCAACAAACGAAUCCAUGAAAGACCUCUCAUUUGAGUCCAAGGUUGAGAUGCUGUUAGAUGACCUAAAAUGGGAUGACAAAGGUCUGGUAGUAGCUACAGCUCAAAAUGUUGACACAGGAGCUAUAUUAAUGCAAGGAUUUGCAAAUAAGGAGGCUGUUGUUAGAACUGCUACCCAACGUAAGGCUACUUUCUAUAGCCGAUCACGAUCUCAACUGUGGACAAAGGGAGAGACCUCUAAUAACUUCAUAAACAUUCACGACAUAUUCCUCGACUGUGAUCGUGAUUCUAUAAUUUAUCUUGGGAAGCCUGAUGGGCCUGCUUGUCAUACUGGAGCUGAGACAUGCUUUUAUACAUCACUAUAUGAUUUGAUAGAUGAUCCACAGAAUGUAAAGCAUAGGUUGGCCUUGCCCAGUUUGUACAUAUUAGAGCACACAAUCUCCCAACGCAAAGCAGAAUUAGCAGCUCAACAAACCGGCAAGCCCUCGUGGACGAAACGUCUAUUGCUCGACCACAGAUUGCUCUGUUCUAAAAUUCGGGAAGAAUCUGAUGAAGUGUGUCGAACGAUGGAAGAGGGCGAGGAUAAGUAUCGCACGGCCUCAGAAAUGGCAGAUUUGUGGUAUCAUGGCAUGGUUUUGCUUGCAGCUCAAGAGGUAAACGUCGAGGAUGUUUUUCAACUAUUGCGCGAGAGGCUUUCUCAGUCAGGUAUCGAGGAGAAGAAAAAUCGGGCACCGAAAGUUGAUCAAUCAGCUAUUACCGAGGAUUAAGAAUCCAUUUGACAUGUCGAUUUAUCUGUAAAUAGAAGGAUUCGUUCAUCGCAAUUAAAUAUCCAUAGUUAUCUCCGCUAUCUUUACCGUAAAUUAUUAAAAAAAACCCAUCUAUUUCAGUUCAAUAUGAAUUAAAAUACUAAUAAAAAUAUUCACAAUUUAA